AUGGCUUUAGUAUCAUUUAUUUUAACAUUAUUUUUUAUAUAUAUUUUAUCAAAGAUAAAAAGUAUUUGGACAUGGAUUAAAAUAAGAAAUCGUAAACAUGAAUUAGGUGAUAAAAUUCCUGGACCAAAAACAAUUCCAUUUUUUGGAAAUGCAUUAUCUUUUUCCAAAGAUACUAAACAAACUAUUGACUAUAUAACAGAAGAAUUUAAUAAAGUUAAUGAAAAAAAUGAACCAUUUAUUAGGUUUUGGGUUGGAGAAAAAUUACUAGUUAUACCAAUAAAUGGAAAUGCUGCUAGAUAUAUUAUUGAUAAUGAAUUAAUAAAAGGUGAUGAUUACGAAUUAUUAAAAGAAUGGUUAAAUGAAGGUCUUGUAGUAAGUAGUGGUGAAAAAUGGAGACAUAAUAGAAAAUUAAUUACUCCAAGUUUUCAUUUUGGUAUGCUUAAAAAUUAUUUUUCUAUUUUCAAUAAUGAAGCAAAAAUUUUUAUUGAAAGUUUAACAAAGUAUGUUGAUACUGAUAAAGAAAUUAAUAUUAUUAAUUAUGCCAAAAGACUUACAUUAGACAUAAUUUGUGAAACUGCUAUGGGAACAAAAAUGAAAAUACAAGAAAAUCCAAAUCAUAAAUAUAUUGAGAAUGUAGAAAUUUUUAACAGAAAUGCAGCUAUAUUUACAAGAAGUCCUUUAUAUCUUUUUAAACCAAUUUGGUAUUUAUUUGGAGAAGGAUUUAGUACAACUAGAAGUUUAAAUGUUUUAAAAGAAUUUACUUCAACAAUUAUUAAUGAUCGUUGGAAACAAUACCAACAUAAUAAGAUGAACGAAAAUAAUAAUAAUAAUAAUAAUAAUAAUAAAAAUCAUGAUUUUUUGAAAAAUCUUUUAGAUCAUAGAGCAGAAAAUUAUAUGACUGAUCAAGAUGUUCUUGAUGAAGUUCAAACUUUUACUUUUGCUGGUCAUGAUACAACAGCUACGGCAUUUGCAUUUUUAGUAUGGGCAUUAGCUACACAUCCUGAUAUUCAAGAACGAUUAUAUGAAGAAAUAUGUGAUGUUUAUGAAGCUGAAGAAAGAGAUGUUAUACCAGAUGACUUGACAAAAUUGCCUUAUUUAGAAAGAGUAAUAAAAGAGUCAUUAAGAAGACAUCCUACUGUUCCAAUUAUUAGUCGUAAUACUAAAAAAGAAAUAAACAUUUUAGGAUAUACAUUACCUAAAGAUACAAACUUUACAAUAAGUAUAUACCACAUUCAUCUUAAUCCUAAAAUAUAUCCAGAUCCAAUGAAAUUUGAUCCUGACCGUUUUUUGCCAGAAAAUUGUAUUAAUAGAGAUCCUUAUGAUUUUUUACCAUUUAGUGCAGGUCCAAGAAAUUGUAUUGGUCAAAAAUUUAGUUUAUUUGAAUUAAAAUUAUUAAUAAUAUGGGCAUUAAGAAGAUACAAAUUUUAUUCUAAAUUACCAUAUGAAUAUAUUGAAAUUCUUCCAGAAGUUGUUAUUCAUAAUGAUAAAAAUUAUCCAAUUUUAAUAACAUCAAGAUAA